CCGUUUUGAAUUGCGUCAGCGCGGUCAGUUUGAACGGGAGGAAUUCUCCAACAGACAAGUUUACCCUCACUCUUACAUACACACACCUUUACACACACUCACAUUCACUCUUUUUCACACACUAUUCUGCCGCCGGACAGCGUGUUUAGAGGACGCGGAAAACUGAUAAAAAUGGAAGACUACAUGAAAAUAGAGAAAAUUGGAGAAGGUACAUAUGGAGUUGUGUAUAAAGGUCGUCACAAGUCCACGGGUCAGGUGGUGGCCCUGAAGAAGAUCCGCCUGGAGAGCGAGGAGGAGGGGGUCCCGAGCACAGCCGUCCGAGAAAUCUCUCUGCUCAAAGAGCUUCAGCACCCUAACGUCGUACGGCUGCUGGAUGUGCUGAUGCAGGAGUCGAAGCUGUACUUGGUGUUUGAGUUUCUGUCUAUGGAUCUGAAGAAGUAUCUGGACUCCAUUCCCUCAGGACAGUACAUGGACCCCAUGCUUGUUAAGAGUUACUUGUAUCAGAUUCUGGAGGGGAUUCUGUUCUGCCACUGCCGUCGGGUUCUUCACCGUGACCUGAAGCCCCAGAACCUGCUGAUCGAUAAUAAAGGCGUGAUAAAGCUGGCAGAUUUCGGCCUGGCCCGUGCUUUCGGAGUGCCCGUCAGAGUCUACACACACGAGGUGGUGACUCUGUGGUACAGAGCUCCAGAGGUGUUAUUAGGAGCGUCUCGUUACUCCACUCCUGUAGACGUCUGGAGUAUCGGUACCAUUUUUGCUGAGCUCGCCACCAAGAAACCUCUGUUCCAUGGAGACUCUGAGAUCGACCAGCUCUUCAGGAUUUUCAGGAUUUUGGGUACCCCAAAUAACGAUGUGUGGCCGGAUGUGGAGUCUCUGCCAGACUAUAAGAACACUUUCCCGAAGUGGAAGACGGGCAAUCUGAGCAGCAUGGUGAAGAACCUGGACAAGAACGGCAUCGACCUGCUUGGGAAAAUGCUGAUUUACGACCCCCUGAAGAGAAUUUCUGCACGACAGGCCAUGACCCACCCCUACUUUGACGAUUUGGAUAAAACCACUCUGCCAGCCAACAACCUGAAGAGCUAAACGCUCACACACUCUUUAGACCUGACUAAACAGGACACCUCAAUCCAGCACACACCUGACUCCAUGCAUUCAGACUGAUCUAGGCUUCAUUACACCCAGGAACAGACAAAUCUGGAACUCUUAACUUCACACUGUUAGUGAAAUUUAAAGUGAGUGGUAGGACCUGUAAUGAUAAUUCUAUGGCGGCACAGAGUACUGUUUGAUCUUUACUGUGAAAUUAUCCUUAUAUGGCAUAUGGCUACAAUAUGCAAAUAAGCAUCUAACCAAUCACAGGAUUGGUUUGUGUGACCAAUCACAGUGACUCUUCUGAAACACGGAUACUUUUAUAGAGUUGACUUAAGGAGUGCAGCCUUUAACUGUGCCACAUCAAUAUUUCACCACUGUGAUUUUAAUAUCACUGUCACUGUACAUAAUAUAUUUACUAAAUAGAUAUAUUUGGUCCAUUUUGGGCUGUUCUGGAUGUGUCUGAGAAAGCUCUGGUUGAUAACAGCACUAAUGCAGGGGCUAGUCUCGGCUGAUGCAGCAAUAAUGAUCCUUCUCUUCCUUGUGUUUGUGUUUAUUUUUGUUUGUUUGUUUGUUUGUAUGUGUUUCCUAUACUCAUAUUUUGUAUGUAACCUAAGAAGACUCUGUAAAUAAACAUUCUAUAUUUUGGAGUUGAAA